GGAAUUGGUAAUUUAAAAUUAACUUUUGUUGUUUAUUUAUGCUUCAAAUUUUUCUGUUGAUGGAACACUAUAAGUACAUUUUUAUUCAUAUUAUUUAUUAUGUUUCAGGUUCUUUUUAAUGGCAGACAUUGCAGGGGUAAUCGUCAGUGCAUUGAGUUGCAUUUGCAGUACUCCAACCUGCAAUUGUAUAGAUCAAUAUAGAAGUUUUAAUGAUGAUGUAAGUGAGCUCAGAAGAAAAUUGCACAGUCUAACUAGCCGGAAACAAGAUAUAGAAUCAGGAAUACAAGUAGUAGAAGCUCGUGGGGUACAAAUGGUAAGACAAGAAGUGCAAGACUGGCUUAAGCAUGCACAAGACAUAAAUGUUGAUGUGCAAGCAGUUUUAGAAAAGGUGCAGAGAGUCAGGUGGUACAAGCGUGCCUAUCUUGGCAAACUUGUUUGUAGAAAAAUUAAUGUGGUGAAGGGAAUGCUUGAAAAAGGUAGUUUUCCUGAAGGUAGUUUUCCUGAAGGCCUUGUGAUUGGGGGAGCUCCAGCUCGUGAAGUCAUAAUUCCAACAGAGAAUUUAGUGGGGGAAAUUUCUACUAAAGAAGAAAUUUGGGGGUACUUGACGGGUGACGAGUUCGGAAUGAUUGGAGUAUGUGGGAUUGGUGGAGUUGGAAAGACUACGAUCAUGGAGAAUGUUUACAAUGAUUUGAGGAAGCAGACCAAGUUUCAAAAGUUUCUCUGGGUUACUGUAUCACAUCCUCUCAAUGUUUUUGAAUUACAAAAGAAGAUUGCUGGUGGAAUGGAGGAAACACUUUCGGAAGAUAAGGAAGAGAAGAUGAGAGCGGCAGAACUAAUGGAUAUAAUGGGAAGAAGGAAAUUUGUGCUAAUAUUAGAUGAUGUAUGGGACAAGUUCUCUCUUAAGGAUGUUGGAAUUCCAGAUCCGAAGGCGCAGAAUGGGUGCAAAGUAGUUGUCACUAGUAGAUCAAUCGAAGUAUGCAGUUAUUUGCAAUGUAAGAUUGUUAAAGUGAAACCUCUUUCAAAAGAGAAGUCUCUAAAGUUAUUCCUAGAUACUGUUGGGGAUGAUAUUUCGCAAGUUACAGGGUUAGAAGACAUUUUGAAGCUCAUUGUGGAAGAGUGUGCCGGUUUACCACUCGCCAUUGUUGUGAUAGCAGCAAGCAUGAGGGGAGUAGAUGAUGUUAAUGUGUGGAGAAAUGCACUAACUGAAUUACGAGAACGUGUAAAGGGUGUGAAUGAUUGGGAUGAUCAGAUAUUUCAACGGUUAAGAUUUAGUUUUGAUCGUUUGGAUAGGUUGGAUAUCAAAAAAUGUUUUCUGUAUUGCUCCUUAUUUCGAGAAGAUUAUGAGUUUUUUAGAACGGAGUUGAUAGAAGGUUGGAUUGAUGAUGGAUUAAUCGAUAUUGAUGAGUUGGGAAGUAGACAAAAAGCAUAUGAUAGAGGCCAUGCCUUAUUAGACAAGCUUAUGCAUGAUGUAGUGAGAGACAUGGCUAUCAAAAUCAUCGGUCCUGAAUUUGGAUAUAUGGUAAAAGAAUUGAGAGGGGUAGCGAAUGAGCGAGGGUGGGCCGAAGAUUUCAGGAAGUUGUCUCUAAUGGCAAUUCACAUUUCAGAACUUCCUGCUGGUUUGUCAUUGAAGUGUCCGAGUCUUUCAACUUUGAUAUUAUCGGAUAAUCAUAUAUCGGAGAUUCCAAAAUCCUUUUUUGAAGAUAUGGGCACACUCAAGGUUCUUGAUCUUUCUCGAACUGAUAUUGAGACUUUACCUGAUUCCAUCUGUGACUUGGAGAAUCUCUCUGUGUUGCGGUUGAGGGGGUGCCAGAGGUUAAAGUGCCUGCCUUUCUUAGGGAAGCUUAGAGCACUGAAGAAGUUGGAUCUGCGAGGUGCAGGAAUAGAGGUGGUCCCUCAAGGCAUGGAGAUAUUGGAAAGUCUUGAAUAUCUUAAUUUAUUUUGUAGAGAUUUGAAAGACAUUCCAACAGGAAUAUUGCCUAAACUUUCUAGUCUACAGUACUUGGCAGUAUGUUAUUUGGGAGAAACUAGUAUAAAGAUAGAUUUAGAAGAGGUUGCGAGAUUGAAAAAGUUAGAGAUUUUAGAAUGUCGACUUGAUGGUCUACAUGAGUUGAAUUCUUUUGUGAGUGAGUUCAAAAAUUUCCAAAGUCUUACAGCUUAUGGGCUUGUUGUGGGUUAUGGGCUUAGGAAUGAAAUGCAACGCAUUACAGAUGAAAUAUUUUCAUACGAAUGGAGUGAGUAUCGAAGUUGUCUUCAAAUUAAACGUUGGCUCGAAAUUAAACAGCUGAAGAUAGGUGGAGAAUCUAUGGUGCUUCCAGAUAACCUUGAGGAUUUGUGGAUUGAAUACAUGCAAAACAUGACAAGCAGGAGCUUAAACAAAAUAGUUUUGUUAGAAAAUGCAACCGAGUUGAGAAGAUGUGGCAUGAGACGCUGUGAAGGGAUAGAGUGCGUGGUUGAGUUGGACUCAUCCUCUGCCUCCUCAUUAUGUUGUCCAGUACUCGAUAAGCUUGAAUGGCUGCAUAUUUAUCAUUUUCCCAAGUUGUGUGUGCUUGUGAAAGUGGAAGGAGUAGCAACACCACCGUGCAUCUUCUCCAAUCUUAAAGUGCUUUAUAUAGAUGAUUGCAGAAAAAUGAGGGAGUUGCUUCCACUUGAGCUACUGCAGGCCCUUCAAAACUUAGAGGAGAUUAGAGUUUGGAAUUGCGCAGAAAUGGAGGAGAUAAUAGCAUCAUCAGAUUCAGAUGCAUCAUCUGAUAAAUUCACUUUCACUUUUCCUAAGUUAAGGAUGUUGGAGUUGGUUGGCUUACAGAAAUUGAAGAGCAUCUGCAGUGCCAAAGGAGUUAAGAUUUAUGAUUCUAUUGAAGAAAUUGAUAUCUGCGAUUGUCCAGAGUUAAAGAGGAACCCUUUUCAGCUUCCCUUGCUUGAUAAUGGCCAACCAUCUCCUCCUCCUCAUCUCACAGCAAUCAAGAUUCAUACAGAGUCAGAAGGAUGGUGGGAAUCAGUGGAGUGGGAUCAUCCCAACGCAAAGAACCUUCUUCAACCUUACUUGAAAUAUUAUGAUUGAUUGAGUGUGAAGUGAAGAGCUACAAACAGUAAAAUGGACUUGCUGACAAAUCGUAACUUUCCAGAGAUUAAAGUCACGUUCCACCUGAAUAACACGUGCCCAAUAAAACCUCUUCCUCAAUUCCUUCCUUCCUCCCACAACGAAAGCAGUUGGGUAUUCUAGAAGAGAAAGAGAUGGAUGUUUCUGAGAUGGAAACCCUAAGUGGGUAUAUUCUGGAAGACAAAGAUAUCCAGCCUUCGCUUCAUUACA